AUGGAAAUCUUCGUUUGCGAGCCUCUGGAAAUCAACCCGCAAGUCUUUUCGCUGUGGUUGAGCGGCUACAGCGUCGAUGAGGCCUUCCGACGACGCGUAGACACCGAACCAGAAACCAGUAAGCAGUUUCCGGAUUUCCAGCGUUUACUGAGGAACGAGACCGUGGACCAGUUCCGUAUAUUCCUGAUUCUUGAGCCCUACUUGCAAUCCCCGCCUACCUUCCUGACUCAGGACCUGGUCCAGCUCCCCACAGCCACCAAGAAAUCUCUCAUAGAACAUUACUAUGCUUUCGAUGAGUCGGUCGUUCGAGAAUUCUUCGGCAAAAAACUGAGCACCAGAAACCGCAAGGACCUGGACGAUGUCAGCGAAAAGACGGGGAUUUCCCUGAAGAGCUGUCGGCGACAGUUUGACAACAUCAAGCAGAUCCUGAGAGUAGUGGAUGACUACGAAGGCUCUUUAGUCGAAAACAUCAAAACCCAGUUCAUCCUCCCGGAACACCUCGCAAGGAACUAUGCCUCAGUUGUCUUCAUCAGUCACAAUAGGUUUGAGACUAACAAACGGAAACUGGCGCAUUUGAGUUUCAGUGACUUGACCUACUGUGCCAAUCAGAUGAUAGACAGAUGGACUGCGGGGGCUGAGGGAUCGCACGCCAUGGACGACGAUCUGGAACUAGAUCGCAACUUCCUCCAAGAACUCCACGAUCUAAAACUCAGCCUCAUCGAUCGGGUGUGGAUCGACAGACAGCUAAAGUACGUCGUGAAAGACCUCCGUCACAAGAAAAUCCCUCCACAGACCCUCAAAACUAUGGAGAGCUCGUUCAAGAGCACGUCGAAAGCCGUCACUAUGCUUGGAACGUCACUCAUUCACAGCAAAGAUGUUAGGGAUUUCUUUGUUGACGUUUUGGAGAAAAUUGUUGAACCAUGCAAACAGCUUGCUCUGAGCAAGGAAGACACUGCUAAUCUGUUGGGUAGCAUUGCGUCGACUUUUCCAGAGUGUGAGACUGCUCACGCCAAACACACGGGCAGACCUGGUCCCCAGGAGAAUAAAUGGAGGUAUAUCUACCUUCGCUAUCUGGACACUCUCACUAACUGUGUUCUAGUUCUCUAUCAUGAUUGA